AUCGUUAGGCCCUUACUACUCUGAGGUUGGGCGAAAUGCGCCUGAAUGAGAAGCAAUUGCCAUAGAAAUUAGAGAGAGAGAGAGAAAGUUAGUCUGUGGUUUUACAUAACCUUCAAUUAUUACAAUUUUGUGUAACACCAAUAUCCAAUGACUUUUAUAAACCCUAAAGAAAAAGAACCCUCACAUAAUCAGGAAAAUGAGAACUCGAACCAAAAUGAUAACCAACAACACAAUUCAACCGAAGAAGACCUUAGUCAGUGGGGAUAUGACUUGUAUCCAGAUCGAAGGAAACCCCCAAAACCCGUAUCUCUCGGAAUUUCAGACUAUUUAACAGGUAAAGGAACGGAGAACAUUGACAAAAUAAAGUGCGAACGAAAUGUUUACAAAUGCGUCAAGGAGAGUCCCUUGGUGAAACUGAUGAUGGGUGCAUUAAGGGCAUCUGGAUGUGCAAUCGAUAUUAGAAGACACAUAUCUUGUGAAGAGUGUGCUCCAACAGUCAGUGGGGGUUAUGAUCCUAUUCUCAACCAGGUGGUCAUAUGUCAAAAUACUGCUCGCAAAGAGGGUAUAGUUCAAGCUGUCCUUACUCAUGAACUGAUUCAUAUGUUUGACUACUGUAGAAACAACCUGGACUUCAAGAAUUUGGAUCAUUUGGCUUGCACAGAAAUUCGGGCAGCGAAUCUUGCCCACUGUAGUUUUUUAUCCGCAUGGUCAAGUGGAGAUGCAUCUCCUUUAAAUAUUAAAGAAGCUCACCAAAUAUGUGUCAAGAAUAAAGCUUUGAGCUCUGUUGUUACAUCUAGAAAUGUUACACAACGGGAAGCAAUGGAAGCUAUAGAACGUGUGUUUCCUAAAUGUUAUUCUGAUUUAGAACCAAUUGGAAGAAGGCUACGUAGAAACUCUCAUGAUAUGUAUAGAGCAUUUGAGGAUGGGUUUUAUUAUGGUUAUGAUAAUCCCUAAAUUAUUGAUAGCAUAUUUAUAUUAGUUGUUGUUCUCAUAAAAUUUUAAUAUAAUUUUAUUUUUA